AUGAAGACUCUCAACGAUCAAUCAAUCGAAUUUCCCUUCAUUGCACCACAUUUGGGCAAUAUGGAUACUGAACACAAUGCUGCGAAGUCUCCAGCGAAAGCUGCUCAUGUUAAUAUGAUGACAGACUGCAUCAUUGCAAAUAUGCCAGUGGAAGGUCUACGAUCAAUACUCCGAGGUCUUUUAGGAGAAAAUACUUCGAAUACAGCCGGUCUCACCAAACUUGCAUCAAAGUAUCUUGCAAACACAAAGCCAUCAUCCAUACCGGAACUCUUCAGCACAUCUGGCGGAUCACCACAACCAACUUCAGAUCUUCAACGAAUUCAGAGUCGAUAUAGAUGUCUGAUGGGCUGUGGAUUUGGAUUCGAAAGUGUGGAACUCCUUACUAGCGUCAUACAUCAAAUACAUAAUUUGGAGUGGGAUGAUAGAACUACAGAAGGAGAGGAGUUCUUGGAUAUUCUAGCAACUAUCGAUGGGGAUAUAGUACAGUCAAUAACAGCUGUACAAAAAUUACUUCUUACCAGUUCAGGAAUGCGCCCCAUGUAUACCGAAGAUUCCAAGACUAUUGCUACAUUACGAGAAGUACUACAUGCCUGCAGAAGUAUCGCUAUUGCCCGCGGGCAAGAUUUCCCCUUUGACCGUGGGCUUUGUUGUCUCGAAAAACUGAUUGAAGGAACUGGCAGCGAAAUUCAACCUUUACAGAGGAAUGAAAUCCGUCGGACAAAUGGAUUUCAAUCAUCGAAAAGUGCAUUAGAAUCAUUUCAAUUGGGACCGGCUGAAGUACCCAGAAUGUUUAUGGGACUCUGGCAAUUCUCUAGUCCUGCUUGGGGGACUGCUUCUAGAUCGAAGAUUGAUCGUCAUUUUAGGAAGCAUGUCGAUUCCGGGCUUAUUGCAUAUGAUAUGGCUGAUCAUUAUGGUGAUGCCGAAGUGACAUUCGGGCAAUUCCGAUCGGGACAAGAAGACUCCGAGAAGAUAUACUGUGCGACGAAAUGGGCGGUCUUUGAACCUAUUCAAGUAACAAAAGAAGUUGUAGAUGCAAAUAUUUCAGAGCGUCUCACUGCGAUAAACUCUACAAGCGUGGAAUUGCUCCAAUUUCAUUGGCAAGAUUACAACGAUCACCAGUAUGUAGAAGCAGCGCGAUUGAUAGAGAUGCAUCCCAAUGUCCAAAGCCUGGGUCUCUGCAAUUUCGACUCAGAUCACAUGUGCGAAAUUUUGGAAAGCGGUGUCAAGGCAGUCUCAAACCAAGUUCAGUUCUCUUUGAUAGAUCUGAGACCCACUUUUAAGAUGGCUAAAAGUUGUAGGAAACAUAACGUUAAGCUGCUCACUUAUGGCUCGUUAUGUGGCGGGUUUUUAGCUGAUAAAUGGGUGGGAAAACCUGCUCCCAAUCUUUUUGACGAGAACAUGACUCCAAGUCAUCGGAAAUAUUUCGAAAUGAUCAACAUAUGGGGAGGAUGGAUUCUUUUUCAAGAAUUAUUAAACAUUCUGGCAAAAAUUGGAUCCAAGCAUAACGUUUCUGUUUCGAGUGCGGCGAUAAGAUGGGUGUUGGACCACGAUUAUGUCGGGGCUGUAAUUAUAGGCGCAAGAAUGGGGAUCAGCGAGCACAUCGAUGAAAAUCUCAAAGCUUUCUCAUUCAUUCUCGACGUAGAAGAUAAAGAGGCGAUACAAAAUGUAUUAGAUAGGUCAAGAGCUAAAGAUAUCUUCGAAGCGAUGGGAGAUUGUGGAGCGGAAUAUAGACAGAUAAGACGAAAACCUCAGAGGUCAAAUGCACAAAUUGAAAACGGAAGUAUUGCCGAGUCAUUAAAUCAACCUCCGUCUGCAACACGUCUUCGUGGUGAGAUGGAACGACAAACGCCUCCAAACGCCACAUCAAGUGGCAUAUUAGAUACAUCUCCACCUCAAACUGCACAAUCCUGGGGUAGCGAAGGGUUACAACAAGUUGGAAUACUAAGUAGGGAAGCACAAUUUGGGAAAUUCUCUCUAGAGAAUAUCCUUUCUGUGCCGGAUGUUCUGAGGCCUCACCCUCCACCGAGGUCACCAACACCAAGUGCAGACAGCUUCAAUGAUCCGAUUACAUGUAACAUGCUUAGUUUUCCUGUUGCACUUGGUUUAUUCGAUAGUUUUAUGCGUUGUCUAAAUCCAUAUAUCUGUCAACUAGACCCUAAACUCCAUACAUUUGAUUACGUUCGCCAACGUUCAUCAUUCCUCCUCACUGCGAUUCUUUCAGCCUCUUCUAAAGCUUUUCACCCCGCGCUUCAUCCCACACUCAGGUCGCAUACCGAAAAUCUACUCGGAAGGGUAUUUACCCGGGGAGCUAAGUCCACAGAGAUUGUUCAAGCAAUAUUAAUCUUUACUUAUUGGAAAGAACCAGCUGAGAUACGCACUUGGCUACUCGUUGGCUAUGCUAUUCGCAUGUGUAUUGAGCUUGGGUGGCAUGAGCUGAAACCGGUGACACAAAAGCCGCGAACCUCAAGCGAUGAAUUAAGCAUUAGGGAAUCUAGAAAUAUUGAGAGAACAUGGCUAGUCCUGUUUGUUUAUGACAGAAGUUUGAGCUUGCAACUCGAUAAACCUUGGAUGAUAGACCAAAACAAUCUGAUAUCUAAAGCAACCGAAUGGUACCAAGAAGAAUACGCUGUACCUGGUGGAGAUUUGCUUCUCUCGGCGUUCGUCUGUCUACGUUUAAUCAGUGCCGAGUUUCUCGAGCUUUCGUCAUCGACUAAAUCAGAUUCUCAAAAUUUUCGGCCAGAAAUUUUGUCUAAACUCUUAAACACCGAGCUUAACACCUGGGAGAAGGAUUGGUUACCCAAAUUUGACGAUGAAAUGGUCGCACCUCCUCAGCAAUUCCUUGUCAAUUUCUAUGGCUUACAUCUCCGCCUCCUUCUCAACUCAUAUACUUUGCAACAAUCCCUCAAAGCUGCAAAGAAAGGAUCUGCAGUGUCGAAAUCGGCACUGUGGCAAUGUUCGUCAAGCGCAAUCGGCAUGUUGGAGAAUAUAUCGAAAGUCAUUGGACCUCUCAAACAGCUCUAUUUUGUACAGGACUCUGUUCAUGUGAUGACAGCUUAUGCCGCCAUAUUCCUCAUUAAGUUGCUCCUAUCUCUUCCCAAAAUUUUACGCUCAGAUCUCGAGACUCAAUCAUUACAAGCAAUUCUCCUCUCUUCUGAUACCUUUUCAGAGCAAUGCGCCACACAAAUGACGGGCUGCGCAAUGCAAGCACGAUUCUUAAAAAAUCUCGUGGGGAAAUACCAUAGAUUGAAAUCCCAUGCUAGCAAUCAAGUCCGAGAUCACGGUGUUCAUUCGCAUCAACCCGACAUUCCAACUUCACUAGGAAGCCUUCAUAAUCGAAUGAACACCGAUGUGGGUACAAGCCACCAGGUCCCCAGACCCCUUCAACCCUAUCAGGAUACUGGGGAAUUGACAGACACAACUUCGAUAAAUGGGAGCACGCCGGAUUUCAGCACGGAUUUAUUACAUGAUAAGGAAAUCUGGGAUGGGUUGUUGACCGAUGCUGGCUUUUGGAUGAACGAGGGGAAUCUUUUAUCCGAUAACAGUCUUCCUCGUUAA